CGCCUCACUCAACUCGCCAGAUUAUGGUGCGACGACGGGCGAGUUUGGCGGCUGGUUGGCUGGCUGGCAACGAGCACGAGAAGUCACCUUAUAAUAGCCGCGUCUUUUUCUAAACGGGGCGCUUUUUCUUAACUCGGGAAAGCCGCUGACUUUGUUGUCGAGGUCACUCCAGUACUGCCAUGUCGGCGAAGGCCAUCUCAGAACAGACGGGCAAGGAGUUCCUGUUCAAGUACAUCUGCACCUCGGCAGCUGUUCAGAACCGCUUCCGUUAUGCCAGCGUUACCGCCGAGACCGACUGGUCUCGCCUGACGCAGGAGCACCCUUGGCUGCUAACAGAGAGACUGGUGGUGAAACCGGAUCAGCUUAUCAAGCGACGCGGGAAACUGGGACUGGUGGGCAUCAAUUUGGACCUGUCGGGUGUUCAGGACUGGCUCAAAAGCCGCCUCAUGAGAGAAACCACAGUGGGCAAGGCGAAGGGAGUGCUGAAGAAAUUCCUCAUUGAGCCCUUUGUCCCUCACAAACAGGAAGAGGAGUUUUAUGUGUGCAUUUACGCCACUCGCGAGGGUGACCACGUGCUCUUCCACCACGAGGGUGGCGUGGAGGUGGGCGACGUGGACUCGAAAGCCCAGCGGUUGACGGUCGCCGUGGACGACAAGCUCAGCGAGGAUCAAGUGACUAAGCAGCUGCUCACACAAAUUCCCAAUGAGAAGAAAGACAUUCUAGCCAGCUUUAUUGUGGGGCUCUUCAACCUCUAUGAGGAUCUAUAUUUCACAUACCUGGAGAUCAACCCUUUAGUCGUCACCCAAGAUGGCGUUUACAUCCUGGACAUGGCGGCCAAAAUCGACGCCACAGCCGAUUACAUCUGCAAGGCCAAGUGGGGCGAUGUGGAAUUCCCGCCACCUUUUGGCAGGGAAGCUUAUCCGGAGGAGGCCUACAUAGCUGACCUGGAUGCUAAGAGCGGUGCCAGUCUGAAGUUGACGUUAUUGAAUCCUCGUGGCAGGAUUUGGACAAUGGUGGCAGGUGGAGGUGCUUCUGUUGUAUACAGUGACACAAUUUGCGACCUGGGCGGAGUCGAUGAGCUAGCAAACUAUGGCGAGUACUCUGGCGCGCCCAGCGAGCAGCAAACGUACGACUACGCCAAAACUAUCCUCUCACUCAUGACCCGCGAAAAGCACCCUGAUGGGAAAGUGCUGAUCAUUGGAGGAAGUAUCGCUAACUUCACUAAUGUAGCAGCCACAUUCAAGGGCAUUGUCCGGGCUAUCAAAGAUUACCAGGGUCCUCUGAAGGAGAACGAGGUUACCAUCUUUGUUCGACGGGGUGGGCCCAACUACCAGGAGGGGCUCAGGGUAAUGGGGGAAGUUGGAAAGACCACUGGUAUUCCAAUCCACGUAUUUGGCACAGAAACCCACAUGACUGCCAUUGUGGGCAUGGCAUUAGGACACAAACCUAUCCCCAACCAGCCACCAAUGGACGCUCACACUGCUAACUUCCUGUUAAAUUCAAGCAACAAUGUGAUGACUCCAGCCACCACCAGGACCGCCUCCUUCUCCGAAGCCAGGCCGUCUAAUGACGUCACUCCUGCCAAAAAGUCCAAAGCGGGUUCACCGGCAGACCCUCUUCAUUCUUUACUGUGGCCUCUGAAGAAUGUGGUCACAUAUUGGAAAGAAGUGCAGGCCUCAUUAAGCUGCAACGGAGCCAAAGCCACCACACUGUUCAGCAAGCGGACCAAGGCCGUGGUAUGGGGCAUGCAGACGCGAGCCGUGCAAGGGAUGCUGGACUUCGACUACGUGUGCUCCCGGGAUGAACCCUCCGUGGCCGCAAUGGUUUACCCCUUUACUGGGGAUCACAAGCAGAAGUUCUACUGGGGACACAAGGAGAUUCUGGUGCCGGUCUACAAAAGCAUGGCCGACGCUAUGAAGAAACACCCCGAGGUGGAUGUACUAAUAAGUUUUGCGUCACUCCGCUCCGCCUUCGACAGCACGGUGGAAACCAUGCAGCACCCGCAGAUUCACACCAUCGCCAUCAUCGCAGAGGGCAUCCCCGAAGCUCUGACCAGGAAACUCAUUAAAAUGGCAGAUGAGAAAGGCGUCACCAUCAUUGGGCCUGCUACGGUUGGUGGAAUCAAGCCGGGCUGUUUCAAGAUUGGCAACACGGGUGGCAUGCUUGACAACAUCCUAGCAUCCAAGCUGUAUCGCCCCGGUAGCGUGGCGUACGUUUCGCGUUCAGGGGGCAUGUCCAACGAGCUCAACAACAUCAUCUCUCGCACAACCGACGGUGUCUUUGAGGGAGUGGCCAUCGGCGGAGACAGAUACCCUGGCUCAACCUUUAUGGACCACGUCCUUCGCUACCAGGACACUCCAGGCGUUAAGAUGAUUGUGGUACUGGGAGAGAUUGGCGGAACAGACGAGUACAACAUUUGUCAAGGGAUUAAGGAGGGCAGGAUUACCAAACCGGUCGUGUGUUGGUGUAUCGGAACGUGCGCUACCAUGUUUGCAUCAGAGGUCCAGUUUGGCCAUGCUGGGGCGUGUGCUAAUCAAGCAUCGGAAACUGCGGUGGCCAAGAACCAAGCCUUAAGAGACGCUGGAGCGUACGUACCCAAGAGCUUUGACGAGCUGGGUGAUGUUAUCAGGACAGUUUACGAUGAACUAGUGGCAAGUGGGACCAUUGUUCCUGCUCAAGAGGUGCCACCCCCAACGGUACCAAUGGACUACUCAUGGGCCAGGGAAUUGGGCCUUAUCCGUAAACCCGCCUCCUUUAUGACCAGCAUUUGUGACGAGCGAGGUCAGGAGCUCAUCUAUGCUGGCAUGCCCAUCACUGAGGUCUUCAAAGAGGAGAUGGGCUUAGGAGGAGUGCUUGGACUUCUUUGGUUCCAACGCAGGUUGCCUCGCUACGCCUGCCAGUUUAUCGAGAUGUGCCUGAUGGUGACGGCCGACCACGGGCCCGCCGUCUCUGGCGCGCACAACACCAUCGUCUGCGCUCGAGCCGGCAAAGACCUCAUUUCAAGCCUGACAUCCGGCCUUCUCACCAUCGGUGACCGUUUUGGCGGCGCCCUCGACGCAGCUGCCAAACAGUUCAGUAAAGCCUUUGACAGCGGUAUGCUGCCCAUGGAGUUUGUCAACAAGAUGAAGAAGGACGGAAAGCUCAUUAUGGGAAUUGGACACCGUGUCAAAUCGAUCAACAACCCAGACAUGAGAGUCCAAAUUUUGAAGGACUUUGUGAAGCAACAUUUCCCUUCCACUCAGCUACUUGACUACGCUUUAGAUGUGGAGAAGAUCACCACCUCCAAGAAACCUAAUCUGAUCCUCAACGUGGACGGUUUUAUCGGCGUCGCCUUCGUAGACCUGCUCAGGACGUGUGGCGGCUUCACGCGCGACGAGGCUGAUGAGUUUGUGGAGAUCGGCGCACUAAAUGGCAUCUUUGUCCUUGGACGGAGUAUGGGCUUCAUCGGCCACUACUUGGACCAGAAAAGGCUCAAGCAGGGCUUGUACCGGCACCCCUGGGACGACAUCUCCUACGUGCUUCCCGAACACAUGUCCAUGUAACUCGUCUCACCAGCCUAACGUUUACUCUCUCUCUCUCGCGCUCUGCCUCGGAAAACGUCAGUAGAAAAAGCACAUCCUGAUUGACGGAUCAGAGUUGAAGCAUUCAGUCUAGUUUUUAUCGGAUGAACUGGGACGUGUAUUUUUUCCAAUUUACUUUUUGACAAAUGUGUUAACUUGUGCCCAGAGCAGAGUGAAACCGGACGUGGAUUGCUUCUGAAUUUGGACCGAAUGGAAUCAGGUUACUUUGGCUAGUUUGUAUCACCAAUCCUUAUUUAUUAUAAUCGUGGUUUAGGCCUUUUUUUGGAUUGUUGCGUCUUGGUGUGUUUACUACCUUUAAUUCAUGAUCUGUUCCAGUGAUUCACACAGUGUGGUACCAUUACUAUUUGUGGUGCGCCGAUAAGGCUCUAAAAUGAUGUCAACGGUAUCGAGAGCCCAAAAUAGUAUCGGUGUAACACUAAUUACUACUUGUACUAGGGUACUCUGUUGUCAUUCUGAAUCACUGAACAAAUGAAUUAACUUUUUAGUACAAUAUUUCUUUUUAGGUCAUGUGUACACUUUGCAUAAAGUUACAGUGACUGGCACUAUUAUUUUCAUGAACACAGACCUAGAUGCUACUGUAUUUUAAUGAUAGUCAUGGUGAUACUUGGCGCGCUCAGUAUUCUUUUUAAGGUGGUACUGGUAACAGGUUUGACAUCGACUGGUGGAGUUCAUACAACAUUUCUUCAAACUGCCUUCCGAGUUUUAUGCCAUGCUUAGUUUAGUUGAUGAAAAGCGAAGACAGACACCUCUACUGUAAAUGCUAAAAAUGAAGAAAAAAAAAACCAUGAAGUUCAGGGAUGGGGAAUUUUUAAACUGUUUGGUUUUACUUUAAAACUUUGCCAUACCUUCAAGAUGCUAUGAUUUCAUUACUCAUCACCUGCUUUGUUUAAGCCUUCUUACUUUUAUUUAACUGUGAAAAUAUGCUUUUUUUGUAAUAUGCUGUCAUAAUAGUUUAAUAAAGACCUUGUUUUACUUUUCA